AUGGACUUUUCCCAACAGUACCAAUAUGCAGGUGGCCCUAGUCACCAACCGUUCAUGCCCGUCUCGCCGCCCAUCGCAAAUGCUAGUCAAUCCUCAUCAGAAGAAUACAACAAUGACUCCUCACCUGUCAGUACUAAGAUCUCGCCCCUCUACAUCACUCCCCCAGUAACGCCUCCGGUCAUGGUACCACAUCGCGAUACAAAGCUCUAUGAGCCGCCUGCGAGUGAUUUUCUGCCUACGUAUCGAUUUGGGCACAACUUCCAACAACAGCAGGGUCCCAAUUUCGGCGGUAUCGUGGGAUCAAACAGCCCUAUUAUGCCAUCUUCAUCUGCAGGAAAAUCUUCAUUCAUGCAGCACCACCAACACCCUCAAGCAUCAUAUGAAAGUUCCAGUGCCAGUUAUCAAGGCCAUGUCUUGGCCCUCCGGGGCAGUCUCAGAGGGCAGCCGUCCAGCUUAGAUACUGACGACCAGUCCGUUGGAGUGGGCGGUGACGAUAUGAUCAUGACCAAGAGGAAGGCCCAAAACCGUGCCGCCCAACGAGCUUUCCGAGAAAGAAAAGAAAAACACGUCAAGGACUUGGAGACCACGCUGAAUGAGCUUCGCGAGUCCCAAGAGAAAGCUACUAGCGAGAAUGAGAAGCUCAAGAAGGACCUCCAGAAAAUUACCACGGAAAACCUCAUCCUCAGAGCAUCAAAGGGAUCCGAUGAUUAUACCUCCAUGGAGGUGCUCGUCACUGGGCCUACAUUACAGCAGUUAAAUAACUCAGCGUUCGCCUCAGAUACGCUGCCAAGUCUGAAUAGCAAGGUCUCCCAUCGAGUUGUUGAAGCCCCCGACGGCACACGGUUACUAGCUGCAGGUGCAGCAUGGGAUUACAUCGUAUCACAUCCCCAGUAUCAGACCGGCCUCGUCGACAUCAGUAGUGUCAGCGAUUACCUGAUGAAGAACCCCAGUUAUGAUGGCCAAGGUCCCGUCUUUUCAGAAAAGGACAUCAACGACGCUAUCGAAAGAAGCAUGACCGAGGGAUCCGACGAUCUCCUUUAA